AGAGAGGACUUUCGUUGAUGAGCUCCUUGCACCAAGACUAGGCACAUCCACACUUGUUCACGAUCUUAUUGAUCACAAUCUUAUAGGGUGCGAAGUCAAGUUUAAGGAUAGUUGCCAGUUUAUCGUUUUGAAACACUGAUCUUUUUUUGCAUAUUAUAUCUGCAGCUUCAGCGUCGAUACAUUACAUUCAGUGUAAUUGAUCCUUUUUAUUUCAGUGGAUUUUUACAGAUGGUACAAGUUCGCCACCUUUCAGAAGGUUUAUAAAAAAAAACCAAAUCGGAUAUCAACGGAGUUUAUUAUUUCCCCCCCACCAAUGCAGCAGAUACUCUACCCUGUUUCUAUAAAAAGGAACUCUUACAAACAAUAUCAGCAUUCAGGGGGUGUAUAGAGGACACUGUGGAAACCUAAAUUUUUCAUCUUGUUGUGAAUGGUCCCGAAUUCUUAACCAUGACAACUCUGGAUUGCAGUAAUAAUACAGGAGGAGUUAUAAGUUACGUAGGCUCCAGUGGCUCUUCUCCAAGUCGGACAAGUCCAGUGUCGUUAUACAGUGAUUGCUCUAAUGGCAGCCCACAGAGCACAGCCCCACAAUACCAGUCAUACCUUCCACCUUCCCCCUCACACUCCUACAGCACCAGCUCAUCGGGAUCUGGGGGAGAGUCCUCACCUCGUUCGUCCUAUGGUCUGGCUGCAUCUCCGGGGGUGCUGCAUGUAGCACUAGAUGAUGGCAGCAGGGUGUCCCCUAGCAAAACUUCCAGCAACAUCACUAAGCUUAAUGGGAUGGUUCUGCUGUGCAAAGUGUGUGGUGAUGUGGCUUCAGGUUUUCAUUAUGGAGUUCAUGCUUGUGAGGGCUGCAAGGGCUUCUUUCGCCGCAGCAUCCAGCAGAACAUUCAAUACAAGAAAUGUUUAAAAAACGAAACUUGCUCUAUUGUGCGGAUCAACCGAAACCGCUGCCAGCAGUGCCGCUUCCGAAAGUGCCUGUCUGUGGGCAUGUCUCGAGACGCUGUGAGAUUUGGUCGUAUACCGAAAAGAGAGAAACAGAGGAUGUUGGCAGAAAUGCACAGUGCAAUGAGCCAUAUUGCUGGAGGUCAUUUUGGAAGACGAAGUCCAGUUCCCCUUCAACCACAACAGCAGAUUUGCCCUGCAUCUCCCCAACUUCUGGGCCCUGCUCCUUGCUCCUCAUCCCCCACCAUUCAUGAAGCCUAUUCACACUACUCCCAGCAACUGACACCCCCACGCUCCCCUAGUCCAGAGCAUGUUGAAGACGUCAUAGGUCAGGUGGCACAGGCUCACCAACAGAUAUUUGUUUAUGCUCGUGAUAAAGUGGGGUGCAAAAUGGCAUCUUGGGCUCACCACCAUGGCAAGCCCCAACCACAAUGUUGGACGCAUGACAGUGGGGCCAACCAGGGAAACCGUGAUGUUUUGCUGGCAUGUCCCAUGAAUGCUUUGUCCAGUGGAGGCCCUCUCCGUUCUGUGCAAGAGGUGUGGGAAGAUUUUUCCCUGAGUUUCACUCCUGCUGUAAGAGAGGUUGUAGAGUUUGCACGUCAUAUUCCUGGAUUCAAAGACCUUACCCAACAGGAUCAGGUCACUCUACUCAAAGCCGGCACAUUUGAGGUUCUUAUGGUACGGUUUGCAUCACUUUUUGAUGUGCAAGACCGCUCUCUACGUUUUCUUAGUGGAGCAACCUACUCUUUUCCUGAGCUCCAGGCCAUGGGCAUGGGGGAACUUCUCAGUUCAAUGUUUGACUUCAGUGAAAAGUUGGCUUCUUUGAACCUGAGCCAAGAAGAACUAGGGAUUUUCACUGCACUUGUGCUAGUGUCUGCAGAUCGAUCUGGAAUGGAAAAUGCUUCUUUAGUUGAGCAGUUACAAGAGACUUUGAUUCGUGCCCUGCGUGCCCUCAUUCUCAAGAAUAGUCCAAAUGACACUUCUCGUUUCACCAAACUCCUCCUUCGCCUACCAGACCUGCGCACUCUGAACAGCAUGCACUCAGAAAAACUGCUCUCAUUUCGUGUUGAUGCUCAUUGAUACUAUCAUUGACUUGUCAUUAUUGUGAGGACACAUUUUACAAAAGACCACAGUGGCUCAGCAAAAUAAUCAGAGAAUCUUGUGUGAGAUUACAUACAGAGCGAUGUGCUUGGUUGCACAGUGACGACACCUCCGGGUCGAAACAAGGAUGAGCUUUUGAAGUUCGCUGAUGACACCGUGCGUUUAAGUGGAAGCAGGAAAAGUGUUUAUGAACCUAAAAACCUAAAACUGUUGUUAUAUGGUGACAAUAUCAGAGACUUAUGUAAAGUGAGAAUGACAUGAGCAAAUUCUGUCAGCCAUCCAGAAAUCAGGAGGCUUGCAGAGCGAUGUAUAUAAAUGUGUAUAUAAAUUGCAACCAUAACUUGUAAAGUCAUUCUGUAAAUAUUUGUGUGUAUAUGAGUUGUGUUAAAUAUAAAUAUUUUAUGACACCGAGAAAA